GCUACCCUGACGAAUUCUCAGGCUGCAAUUCAGCACCAGAUACGCUGUAUGCGUAUAUGCUAAAUCCUAACGCUUAUGUCUGAUCAAGCGUCACCAUCGAUAUGACCAUGCCGUUCCAUAUCCGCCAAGCACGAGUAUCCUGGUGACUGAAUGUCGCAGGCACUGUGUUCUCGCUUCCGGAAGAGUGAAGAGAUUUGGGGAAUGUCACAUCCCUUCACUCGAAGCGCUAUGGACGUUCUUGGUCGUCUAUAUAUUGGGCUCGCUUUUGCUUUGACUCUGGUCGGCGGAGCUCAAGUUACAUUUCAGUUGACAGGAAGGACGCUGGUAUUAGGCGGCGUUUCUUACUUCGUUCCUCCUUCGCCUGUUUCCCAGCUUCAGCUCAUUGGAGACAUCAAGACACAGAAGUUGAUACAGUCUAUAGGACGGACGUUCGCGGGAGCGCUAAUACCAUUCUCAGCUCUUACUACUGAGACUGCUCAUCUAGAUGAAAAUAGCCUCGAGAAAACGUUGCACACAUGGGAAACGCUGGAUGAUGUCUGGAGCAGAUAUUUCCUCACAGGACUCUUCGUCUCGUUUAACGGCACCUCUCGAAGUCCUCCUUCAAUCUCCUUGCCUAAUGUGGCAAAGAGCUUAGGUACUCAGAUUGUCCUGACUUCCAAACAAUACACUUCAGGUACACGAGUCUCGGAGAAGCUCGCACCAGGUCCGUAUUUUGUUGACGCCAUCUCCGGAAACGUGUUUCAAGCUUUACGCUUAUACAAUGAUGAGAAUCAGGCCUUUCUGUACGGAACGAUAUCAGACGGGCAUGACGGAUUCCAAGAACUCUCUGCUCACAUCGGCGGCGCCGCCACAGAGAGCAUUGCUGUUCCCUCAAGGCUCUAUUUCACUCCCACCGCACAAAAGCCUCUAGCAGGUAAACGUCUUGCCGUUAAAGACAUCUACGAUGUGCAAGGUCUUCGGACCGGAUGUGGCAACAGGGCAUUUUACGAGCUUUAUCCGCCCAAAAACAAAACAGCGCCUGCCGUACAGCGUCUUUUAGACGGCGGCAUGGUGCUCGUUGGCAAAACAAAAACUUCACAAUUCGCGAAUGGCGAAGUUGCUACGGCUGAUUGGGUGGACCUUCAUGCACCGUACAAUGCGCGUGGUGAUGGAUACCAAGAUGGUUCUAGUUCUUCCACUGGCUCUGGUACUAGCAUGGGUGCAUAUUCUUGGCUUGACCAUGCAAUCGGAUCAGAUACUGGAGGCUCCAUGCGAGGACCUUCUGGGGCUAAUGGGGUCUUCGGAAACAGGCCCUCCCAUGGGGCUGUCCCUCUGGAUGAUGUGAUGCCCCUCUCGCCGGAGCUGGACACCGGUGGCAUCUUUGCGAGAGAUGCGAAGUCUUGGGCGACUGCUGGACACUGGUGGUACCAAAACUUCACAUCUUUCACAUCAUUUCCCAAAACGAUCCUGUUUCCAAUUGAUGAUUUUGGUCAAAGUUUCCUCUCAAACCCGCCACGUCCAGGAACUGCUAAUGCCCUUUUCAAUGACUUCAUCAACAAGAUGGAGACUUUCCUGGGCACGAAUAGGACAGAAAUCAAUUUCUCUAAUAUGUGGAACACUACUAAACCAGCGAAUGUUACCGCUCCGAGCUUACAACUCCUCUUGAAUACCACUUAUGCUGAUAUCAUUACCUUGGAUCAGAUCGCUCUGGUGGCAGAUCCUUUCAUUGCCGAUUACAAGGUGGCUCAUGAUGGUCGAACACCUUUCAUUAAUCCGACUCCACUUGCGCGGUGGGGAUAUGGACGAACUCUGCCAGCGACUCAGAAGAAUGAGGCGUUAGUGAACAAAUCUAUCUUCAUGGAUUGGUUCGCCACUCAGGUUGUUAAGUCUGACAAUGCGACGUGUUCGGAGAGUAUCUUCUUGUAUCCUCAAAGCUCUGGCCGCACGAACUAUCGGGAUCAGUACCGAAGCCCACCUGGCGUGCCUUUUGGCUUCAGUUCGGGAAGAAUCGCUGUGUAUGCAGAGACGCCUGACAUGGUAGUUCCAAUUGGUGAACUCGCGUACAAUUCCACUGUCUCAGGUGUGACUGAGUUCCUUCCUGUUUCCUUGAGCUUCAUUGCUGCCAAAGGAUGUGAUUUGAUGUUAUUCGACUUCUUCGCUGCUUUACAGGACGCAGGAAUAAUUUCGCCAGUGCAAACUGGAUCGAGAUUAUUUCAGACUUAGCCAGCAGAUCUUCCGCCGCGGUGCAGUGGUAUAACAGACUUAUAACGUCAUCACUACUGACACUCUCUUGACUGGCUAAUGAGUUGGUUCAAUACAGUAAAACACAUACAUGGUCUGCUGACUAUCGUACACAUGCGCUUCGGAAUUAUAGAUGCUGAAACGUCCACGAUCAAGCCCUAAGGCCUGCUAAGCCUUUCCUCCACAGGUGCAGUCUCCUGAGCAGGUGCAAGCCUUACCACAGCUGCAAUCCUUUCCACAAGCGCACCCCUGACCGCUUCCACCACAAGCACACUAUUCAAUCCAUAUUAUCAACUAAGUGACUGUGGAGGUAUUGAUAUGGAAACGUACGCUCUCGGCAUGGGCCUUAGUUGCAUUGUUAGGGCAGUCUGCGCAUUCGCAUUUAUCCUUGGGACAAGCACAUCCUGUACCAGAAGGGCCACAUGCGCUGUAGAAACCAGCUGAGCACGGUGCGAUGGCAAGCUCGGUCCAUAAGACUCACCUGCAAUUAUUCU